AUGAGAUCGAAAUCGCUUCUGGUUAGGUCUUCGCGCAACUCCCUCCAUCCCAAUCCAUCCCCUGCACCCCUUCCGGAUGGAGCUAAUGAAGGAGUUGGUUCCGGUGUGAACACCACACAGUGUGAUGCCGACGUUGAGGCUGUUCCAGAUAGUUUUGAUGAAAGAGAUGUGCCUCUCAAGAAGCGUCGUUGCCGUGGGAAAACUGAGACUAGUAGUGAAGGAUCGAAGACGCUGAGCUUAGAUGCUUGCAUUGUAUGCGAAAUUUCAGACGAGCGGGUUAUUCGUUGCGCUGGGAUCGGCUGUUUUCUUUCAUUUCACGGGGAGUGUGUGAACGCUGAGGAUCUUGCGAAUUCAUUCUGUCCUUACUGCUGGUUCAAAUUCCUAACAACGAAAACGAACUCAUUGAGAGAGAAGGCCGUUGAGGCGGAGAAGGCGGUCUCUAAGUAUCUAGAUAAAGAGAUGAACAGCACAGAGAGUGUUGUCAAAAGUCAAGAGGAUGCAAACUUAUCUGGUGAUGAAGAUGGAAACGAAGAGCGUUCAGAAGACGGUACUGACAUUAUAAGUGAUCAAGAGUUGCAAGGAGAGAAGGAUGUGUGUUCAUCAAAAGAGGAACAAGUGGAAGCUGAGAAUGAUUCUGAUAAAUCAAAGGGUGAGACGAUGCCUUUAACUGAGGAAAUCGAUCAACCAGAAGAGGAUAAAGGGAAGUUGGAAUCAGGAGAUAAAACUAUAGACGAGAAUGAAGCAUCGGAAGACGAAGAGAGGGUGGAUACAGAGAGAUUUCAAGAUGCUGAAGAUGACAAGGACGACGAAACAGCUAAAGAUCAAACUAACGUCAAUACACGUGCAGGGAAAAAGGGAGAGGCUUCACCGUUUUUGUCUAUGCAAGAAUCGUUUUCAGGAAAAGAACAAGAGCAGGUCAAGCAGAAUGAGAAGCCAAGAAGGAGAAGACAGCUAGUGUUGAACGAUAUCGACAGUGAAAUCUCGUCAAAUGAAUCAACUAACGAACGAAAUGGAGAAGAUGUAACUGGGAAGAUAACUUCAUCGGCUAAAGUAACUUCUCCGUCAGGGAAGAUGAAGAACCACCAGAGAAAAGUUAGCGAAACAACCAACGUGGCUAAGCCAAAGACAGCGAGGGACAUUUUUUUUAACAAGGAUCAGAGGAGGAGGCUGUAUUGGACGUUAAAAGAAGAAGAAAUGCUGAAGGUGGGAGUGGAGAAAUUCGCAGCAGAAGCAAACAAGUAUAUGCCAUGGAGAAAAGUUCUGGAAAUGGGAAAAGAUGUGUUCCACGAAACACGAACGCCGGCUGAUCUCAAGGACAAAUGGAGGAACAUGAUCGGCAGAAGAUGA